AUGGCAGAGUACUGUGUAACAGGGGGAACAGGGUUGAUAGCCGCUUAUCUGGUGAAGGCAUUGCUAGAUAAAGGACACACUGUGCGUACAACGGUGCGAGACCCAGGGGAUGUGAGAAAGGUGGGCUUUCUCUGGGAGUUGAAUGGAGCCAAGGAGAGGCUUAAGCUUAUAAAAGCUGAUUUGUUGGUCGAAGGAAGCUUCGACGACGCCGUGCAAGGCGUUGAUGGUGUCUUUCAUACUGCAUCCCCGGUCGUCGUUCCAUAUGAUGAUAACAUUAAGGCGAGUCUGAUUGAUCCCUGCAUAAACGGCACAUUGAAUGUGCUGAGCUCCUGCUCAAAAGCCAGCAGCGUGAAGCGAGUUGUGCUCACCUCUUCCUGUUCUUCAAUAAGAUACUGCGAUGACGCCCAGCAGGUUUCUACUUUCAACGAGUCCAAUUGGAGUGAUCCCGAUUACUGCAAACGCCACAAUCUUUGGUAUGCAUAUGCCAAGACAUUUGCAGAGAAAGAAGCGUGGAGGAUGGCUAAGGAGAGCGGGAUGGAUCUUGUGGUGGUGAAUCCAUCUUUCGUCGUUGGUCCCUUGCUAGCACCGCAACCAACCAGUACGCUGCUCCUCAUUUUGAACUUAAUUAAAGGUGUCAAUGGAGAAUAUCCAAAUACAACGGUUGGGUUCGUGCACAUAGAUGACGUCAUAGCUGCGCACAUGUUGGCCAUGGGGGAAAAGAGAGCAUCUGGCAGGCUUAUAUGCUCAAGCUCUGUGGCUCACUGGUCCCAAAUCAUUGAGAUGCUCAGGGCCAAAUAUCCUUCCUACCCAUUUGUAAACAAGUGUAGCAACCACAAAGGAGACAGCAGCCCACAUAGCAUGGACACCACUAAGAUUACUCAACUGGGGUUGCCUCCCUUAAAGACCCUUGAUCAAAUGUUUGAUGACUGCAUCAUAAGUUUCCAAGAGAAGGGAUUUCUGUGA